AUGUUCACAUUUGUACAGAAGCAACGUCAGCCAUGUCGACUUACCGUCUCACUACUGCUGGUCACAGUCGUCCAAGCACUGACGCUUCCUAUCAAUUAUUGUGGAGAUGGCCAGAUCCUAAGCAAUACGAGUACCACCUCCGACCACAAAACGGCAACGAAUUGUGCACCAAACGUACCCACCAUCAACCUACCAACAAACACAACACCCAACGGCUUUUCCUCCCAGCUCUCCCUGCCCCCCGAACCCUUCCUCUACCGCAUCCCCACCACGCCCUACAUAAUCAAAUACACCAACUACGGCUCCCCCAUCCCCUUCCACCAUGCCAUCCAGCUCCUCGUGACGGCGCAGGAAGAGAUGAUGUACGAGAUGAGCCUACUACCCGACCACGUCGACGUGCAAUUCUCGCGGACGCGCGUAUGGGCCGAAGAGACCGCGCAUCCUAAGCGAAGUGGGUUGGAAAGACUUGCUGCUUUCUUAUGCUCUCUUUACCAGCCAGCCACACGCUACAAGACAGGAGGCCGAGUCCCUACAAUAGCGAACGUGUGGUUUGAUGACAUUGUUCAUGACGCACCGGCGAUUGCGAGGGGCGUAUUUCAAUUUCUCUAUGCGCUGAGUAGUGCUCUGUUCCAGGUCCAACAAAGUAUCCUUUACAAUAGUCUCGUUGCCGUUGCAGAAGAUGAACAAAUGAAGGCAUUGCAAGAUUGCUCAGUGAGCUGCACUACGGCAUUCAACACAGCUCAUACCAAGGUCGAUAGUUCACACCUUGCCGCCUCGGAUCAGGAAAGGAGCGUUGAAUACGUGAAGGACGCCAAAGUCGGCUUUACUUCUAAAAAGUCUCAUGAGAUGCAGUCGGAGCAGUUGGGACCAGAAAAAGAUGGACAAAACAUUAUUUCUCGUAAUGGCCAAUCACUGGAGAGACUUAAGAAGGAACGGAUCAUGAACAAGCAGGCCGAUCACACGGACCACCACUAUCAGAAGCAACGCGACCUGAAAGCCAGCGAAGCCAACGGUAUCCUGAGAAGUAUUCCACCUCCGGCAAUUUAUUGGGCUGUUGACCCUAACGGAGAGACACUGUAUUUUCACAAUCCAACGGCUCUGAUGGACGCUUAUGGUACUGAUGUUGUCGAGAAGAUAUACGACGACAUCAAAUUCUUCUUGUCAUUCCAUCCACCAAAUCUACCAGAUCCACUGCGUCACUUCAACCACACCUCGGAUUCCAGGCCUUCAGCUGCCACUACGGAGGGUUUCUUGAAACAGCUGCUGCGCAACGACUGCGACCACAUCACCCGUGUCAUCGCUCUCCUCUUCGGUAUAGCCAGCCCUGAAAUGCGCAACGAGUAUCGACUGGUUGUUGAGAAUAUCGCUGAUUACCGUCGCAUGGAUACGAUUGAGGAGGAGCUAAUCUAUGGACGCUGA